GCUCCGAGUCACGGCCGGUUGCCAGUCUGUCACGGGGCGAACUGCGGGAACCACGUUAACCGGUUCCCCCUUUGGUGCGUUCUCACUCGAGGGAGAAAAGGAAAAAAAACACGAAUAUACGGCGUUCCUUCGCUUUUCCUUUAUUCUUCUUGCGCUCGUGCGGUCGCUCUCUCUCUCUCUCUCUCUCUCUCUCUCUCUUGUGUCUGUCUUGUGCUUCAUUGACGCGAAAAUCAAGUGUGCCGAGACAUUCAGCGAAAAUUUCGUAAAAAAACGAGUCUGCACGAGUUGAGCAUUAUUGCCAGCCAGUAUGCUCACUGACAUGACACCCGCGGCGGCUGGCCAACUGUAUCCUCAACUACAGUCCAUCAGCAAGUCGCCUGUGCACGGACACGUGGAGCACCCGGGACUGCGUGGUACACCUCUAGCGAUGCUCGCGGCGCAGUGCAACAAGUUGAGUAGCAAGAGUCCGCCGCCGCUGGCGGACGCGGCCGUGGGCAAGGGCUUCCACCCGUGGAAGAAGAGCCCGCAGAGCAGCGGAAGCUCGCCCCAGCACACGAGCAACGCGGGCAGCGCGUGCGGCGCCAACAGCACCGGCAUCGGUCAGCGCCCGACGGCCACGAGCAGCGCGGGCGGCAGCGGCGGCGGCUACGCCCGCGCGCCCGUCACCUCGUGCGCCUCGACGGCCCCUCAGUAUGCUAGCGAUCUGUAUUUCCCCGGCACCGCCAGCGCCCAGCCGGCCAGCGAUCACCACCACCAGACGAGUAUCCUCGGGAAAGUAGAGGGCGCCACGCUCGGCUCGUGCUCCGUCUACGGCAGACACCCGUACGAAUCGUGGCCGUUCAACGCCAUGCCGGGCGCGAGCCACGGCGGCAUCAAGGCGGGCGACGGCUGGUGGGACAUGCACGGCGCCGCCACGGGCGGCUGGCUCGACGUCAGCGGCACCGUCGGCGUCGGCGUGCACGCCGCUCAGAUGGCCAACUACUCGGCCGACUACUCGACCAGCCUCGCCCUGGCCGGCAACCACUUGCUCAGCCAGACGAGCGCCGGCCACAACCUGCUGCAAGACACGUACAAGUCGAUGCUGCCCGGUGGGCCGCCGAGCUUCGGCCUGCACCACCACUCGGGCAGCGGCGGCGCCGGUGGCGCCUCCAGUCCUCAGAGCGCCACCGGCGCCAGCGGCGCGGGCGUCAGCCAGGCCCCGUCGCCGCGCUCGCAGCGCAGAUACACGGGUCGCGCCACCUGCGACUGCCCGAACUGCCAGGAGGCCGAGCGACUCGGACCGGCCGGCGUGCAUCUGCGGAAGAAGAACAUCCACAGCUGCCACAUACCCGGCUGCGGCAAGGUCUACGGCAAGACGUCCCACCUGAAGGCCCACCUGCGCUGGCACACGGCGGCACCUUCGAACCCACACCGGAGAAAAGAGAUUCGCCUGCCCGGUCUGCAACAAGCGGUUCAUGCGCAGCGAUCACCUCGCGAAGCACGUCAAGACGCACAGCAGCAGCAGCAGCGGCAGCAAGGGCAAGGGGGGAGCGGGGAGCUCGUCGGCCGAGUCCUGCUCCGACAGCGAGGACAACGCGAGCCAACAGAGUCCCACUUCCAGCUCGGCGGCGCAGCAGGUGCCGGUGGCCCCGGGCCUGGCCCAGCAGGCGCAGCAGCAGCAGCAGCAGCAGCAGCCGGGUCCCCAGGCGUCGGCAAUGCCGGCGCUGGGGGCUCCGCCGCCGCCGCCGCCGCCGCCGCCGCCGCAGGCCAGCUCGCAGGACACCAGCACCAGCUCGCAGCAGAGCAGCGCCAACAACACCUUGUCGCAUCAGUCGACGGCGCCCAUGACCCCCAUGCAGAUGACGCAUCCCUCGUCUCUGAGUCAACACCAUCCCCACCACCCGCAUCUCCCGCCGCUAAUGCACCACCAUCCUCAUCACGCGGCGGCGGCGGCCUCCGUCUCGGCCCAUCACCAUCAUCAUCAUCAUCCGCACGCCGGGAUGAGCAUGCACUGAGCCCGGUGGGGCCCGGAGCAGCCUCCCACGCGGCCCUGGGCUCCCCCCUAUCCUACCCGCUGAACCUCAACCUCAUCCACCAGUCCAACUCGCACCUCAUGCAAUCGCAGUACGCCCAGCAGCAGCAGUCGCUGCACCAGCAGCACUCCCACCACCACCAGCAGCAGGCCGCUGCCAACUCCUACUCCCAGACGCCCGGCACUCCCGUCCACCCGCAGACGCCCUCGCCAUCCUCGCCGCCGCCUGUACAUAGUCUCUAGGCCGACACUCCUGCGCGCUACCCCCUUCUCCCUCGCACGCCACAUUCGUUUUUCUACUUUUUAACCAACGGACUACUGCUACUCUGAACGAAACGAUACAAUUACCGAGUAAUCGAGUACCGAUCAACUGCGAUCUUGUUUGUCCUCGUGUCAUGUACACAAGCAGGAGAAACAGAGUCGUUUCGUCGAUAUGCAUAUACCUAUAUGUGUAUAUAUAUCUAUACAGCCACGCGUAUACAUAUAUAUUUAUAUAUAGAUUGAAAAGACACGUGUAAAUAGCUAUACAUAGUGCGCGCGUUUCUACCCGAUCAUGGUAGACGACACGAGUGAGUGCGAGUGCCCAAGAGUGUCAGAGUGUGAAUGUCUUUUCAUGAAUAUACGUUGUUCUUUCAUUUCAUCGUUAGGUUUACUAUUAUAUGAAUAUAAAUUUAUAAAUAUACGCUGCGACGUUGUGACACACACCAACACAUUGUAUAAAGUUAUAUAUAUAUAGUUGAAUAGAGAAAUUAAGGACAAUUUUAGUCGAGUGAACGAGUGCGUGAGAGUUUGAUCGAGUGUGAGUACAAAGGGACGACAAAGAGAGUUAAUAUGGACAAAAGCAAAAACAUUAUAAUAGUUGAGACACGACCGCCGGCACACCGUAAACACACAAACACUUGUACACAGUUUUAAGGAUUACUUAGAUGAUGUUAUCUAGACAAGCAUUAAAAUGGCGACUAGUCACAAAAGUUGCGCGUUUGCCUCGCCGAUUUUGUGAAGCGUCCUCGAUUCUCCAUAUUGGAAGAG